CCCUCAGACAAGUUGAGUGAGUGAGGUAGUCACAGGGAACGUUCGCGCGAUCGGAGACUGCUGCUGGUGCAUUACAGCUGUCUAUAUUUAAAAAAAACAGUCGGACAGGGAUAUAUAUUUUUCCUACGACAGCUAAGAAGAUAUGUUCAAACGGGUUGUGCGACAGAGCAAGUUCCGGCAUGUGUUCGGGCAAGCGGUGAAGAAUGACCAGUGCUACGAUGAUAUCAGGGUGUCCCGGGUGACGUGGGACAGCGCCUUCUGUGCCGUCAACCCCAAAUUCGUCGCCCUCAUAGUGGAAGCCAGCGGAGGCGGAGCAUUCAUGGUUUUGCCACUACAUAAGACGGGCCGUAUAGAUAAGGCCUACCCUACAGUAUGUGGCCACACCGGUCCUGUUCUGGACAUUGAUUGGUGCCCUCACAAUGACCACGUCAUUGCUAGCGGAUCUGAAGACUGCACUGUGAUGGUGUGGCAGAUCCCAGAGAAUGGUUUGGUUACCUCAUUGUCCGAGCCUGUGGUGGUAUUGGAGGGUCAUUCAAAAAGAGUGGGCAUUAUUACCUGGCAUCCCACUGCCCGUAACAUCCUCCUCAGUGCAGGGUGUGAUAAUUUGAUUAUUAUCUGGAACGUGGGGACGGGAGAGGCCAUGAUCAAUCUGGAGGAUAUGCACCCUGACCUCGUCUAUAGCGUGUGCUGGAACCGUAGUGGCAGCAUCAUCUGUACCACCUGCAAAGACAAGAAAAUCCGGGUCAUCGAUCCCCGCAAGGAGGAGAUCAUUGCGGAGAAGGACAAGGCCCACGAGGGUGCCAGACCCAUGAGAGCCAUUUUCAUGUCUGAUGGCAAAGUGUUUACCACUGGUUUUAGCCGCAUGAGUGAGAGACAGCUUGCGCUGUGGGAUCCGGAAAAUAUAGACGAGCCCAUUUCUGUUCAUGAGAUGGACACCAGUAACGGAGUCCUCCUGCCCUUCUAUGACCCCGAUACUAAUGUGGUCUACCUGUGUGGAAAGGGGGACAGCAGCAUCCGUUACUUCGAGAUCACGGACGAGGCUCCUUUUGUCCAUUACCUCAGCACUUUUACCACCAAGGAGCCCCAGAGAGGCAUGGGAUACAUGCCAAAGAGAGGGCUGGACGUCAACAAGUGUGAGAUUGCAAGGUUUUACAAACUGCAUGAGAGAAAGUGUGAGCCUAUCAUCAUGACUGUGCCAAGAAAAUCGGACUUGUUUCAGGACGACCUGUACCCAGACACGGCGGGACCCGAUGCCGCCCUGGAGGCUGAAGACUGGUUCGAUGGAAAAAAUGGCGACCCCAUCCUCAUAUCCCUGAAAAACGGAUAUGUCCCGGGCAAGAACCGUGAUCUCAAAGUGGUCAAGAAAAAUGUCCUGGACAACAAGUUGACCAAGAACACGGAGAACACCGCCCCUGCCAACAAGACUGCCAACUCCACGCCAUCUAUUAAAAACGAAGGCAAGAUGGACGAGAUUUUAAAAGAAAUCAAAUCUCUCCGAGAGCUGGUCAGCAGUCAGGAUCAAAGAAUUGCCAAACUUGAGGAGCAGUUGUCUAAAAUGGACAACUAAAGGAACCCGUACUCCCUCCCCUUUCUUUCUAUUCAGGAUAUCCCAUUGGCCAGGUGGGCGGGACCCGUCACUGCCAAUCACCAUGACAGCGUUCCGUCUAAAGCCUGCCUUACAAAGACUCCAAACAACAUUCCAAGAUAAAUAGUUACUUCCAUUUGCAAUCCCCCAAAAACCUGUUUACAGAUUUCCAUUUGGAAAUGAGAAGCAACUGAAAAUCUCUCCCCAUUUAGCUUUUACUCGGUCUCACUCCAAAUCUUUCUGUAAUGGCUGUGUUUUAUCUGGUGUUCUUGAAUGGUCUUAAGUUUUUGUUUUUCUUAUUAAAAUGAUUAUGACCAAUUGCAUUGUGAAGCAGUUACAUGAACUUGAUGAGCUCAGGGCUAGCAGCCAUCAGUAUUGAAAUCGCCCUUCUCGCUCUUCCGACUUGACAAAUUUGUAAGCACCUUGCUGACAGUAUUUGAUUAGCUUUUCUCUAUCUCAAUGAUGUACUUAUAAGGGACAAAGUAGUAUGCUAGUAAUGAGAGGAGGGGAAUCAUUGGAUACGUUCAUCACUGUUGAAGGUGUUAAAAACGAAAGAUUUUAACAAGCUUAGAAAACACGUAGAAUUUAAAAAUUUGACAAAUCUCCACUGAUGAUUAUUCGCGACCCAUGUCAAAAGUGUAAUGAUACUGUAGACUAAAUAUCAAAAUGAUUCUUACAACUCAAAUUGCUUAUAAUGGCUUAAUGCAUGCAAAGAGCCUUAAUUUGUUUAUGAACGUCCCCUAUAUUAAUACAUAUCGGCACUUUUUUCUGGGUGCAGGUCUCAUUCCGUAGUGUUUAAGUUUCUUUUCCCAAAACAGAAUGAAAAUCUCAGAAGCAAAAAUUGGGGGCAUAGAUGUCCAUUAGCUUUAAGUAGGUGGCGUAGGGUCUCUUAAAUGUUUCCAAAAUGUAGCUGAUCUUUUCUUUACCGACUUAAACUACUUUACUCUGACUGUGGACUCAGGAUGGCUAGUCAGGUGUUUGUUCAGGUCUAUAAGCAACACCAUAAGUGCUUCGCUGUUGGUGUACAGGUCUUCGCUUUGCUUUCUUGAUUCUUUCUGUAAAGCUUGAAUUGUGGCACCCACACUGUCUGAAACUAAAUUUGCUGGAGGCUUCAUCAGUCAUUCGCAGCUUUAUACUGUGUCGUAGGUUGCAUCUGCCUGCAAUGCAGUGAGUCAUGACUGACUUCCUUUUCCUAAAGAGUUUCUUCAAUAAAUAAUUGUCCGCCCUGCUCUCCUAGCCAAGCAGAACCAACAUCUCUCUAGCGACGACUCAAGUCUGGUCGUUUUUUUUAUGUUACCGUAAUAGUCAUGUCUCGUAUGCCACAUGUAUGGUGUGAUGACAUCCGUUUUUGGGUUGUGUUGUUUCUAUGCCAACAAGAGUGGAAUGCAAAUCUGUGUCGUUUUUUUUCUUCCACGUAUCUCACUCUUUGAAUCACUGCCUGAAAACACCUCCACAUGGUUCACAGUAUUAGAAUAAAAGUCCAACCACCUUCUCAUCUCGCAACAACCAACCAACCUGCAGGAAGUUGAUUCGAAAGAAAUCCUGAGAUAUGUCAACAUCACAGCCAUACCUCUGACGUCCUUCUUUUUCUGCUCUGUCGCGCACGCAUGUUUUCGCUCUUCUUCAGUGCAAUUUUGAUAAAGUUUAAGUUUUGGAAAUGUAGGGGCCGUAUUUAUGGGUAAGAUGUGCCAAGAUGGAAUUAUGUUUGAAACGACAGUAGGGCUGAGGAACGUCAUGAAACGUCAGCGAAGAUGUGAACAAUACACGACGAUGGGUUGUACAGCUAGAUUGGACUUCCUUGGGCCUAAAAAUUUGCAACACUUCAUGAUUCCUACCAUUUACGGGACUUGUGAUUGGUCCAUCUGUGGCUUUCAAUGAUCAUGAGUGUUUAGGAGGCCUUUAGAUCAGAAGGCUUUUAUGACGUGGCCUUAACUGUUUUUUUAAAGCAGCAAAUUAUUGAAAUGAAUGCCAGGGGUUAUUGUAGGUUGAAAAGAAUGCAGGAAAAUGCUGAUUUUGAUGCUUUGUAAAUACUUUUUUAUUUUUCCUAUCUUUUCUUUUGCUGUAGGGAGGCUUUUCAUUUGGAUUCCGAUGAUUUUAAAGAAUAAUUCCACUUUUCCCCACACCAUUAUGCACACUGUGAGCCUUGAAUGUUUUCAGUGAUCAAAAAUCAAAUAGAACGGGAGGAAAUUGAGAAUGCAGUUUUGUGGAUAACUGUUCCAUUUUUGUUUGUUCAUCUGGUUCGAGUAUAAAGAGUCUUACAGAAUACCAGAAAAUAAAAAAGUAAACUGAA